AUGUUUUACUCCGCAAGACAAUUCUCAUUACUUUCUCCGUGUUUACGGGUAUCAUCUCUGAUUCAGAAUCAAAUUCCUAUUGGUGGUCUCAUUUUACAAAGUCCUUAUACGUCUCUAUCCGAAUUGAUACGUAGCAAAGCCGGUGUUCUAAGUCAUUUGUUUAUCAAAGGCUGGAAUAACGUCGAACAGAUGAAAUUCAUGACGUGUCCAGUUUUAUUCAUACACGGUGAAAGAGAUUCUUUGGUUCCAUGCCAACAUUCUAGAACACUAUAUGACGCAUGUGUUUCAGCAAAAAAGAAAUUGGUUCUACUUGAUUAUGCCGAUCACAAUUCAAUUUAUCCGAGACAUGUGGUGAAUCAUCUUCGACACUUUAUCAAAGAUUUUCCAGUUAAAAAUGUUCCAGAAGUGCAAUUACAUGAAAAAUACCGUAAUGUACCAGAUGAUGUCAAAGAAGAUAGUAGAAGUGCCGGUGGGGUUCUACAUAAUUUAUUUUCAAUGUCAACAGCAUCUGCCAAUGCAUUAUCGUCAUCAGGAUUUCGAGAUUCUCAUGCUGUUCAUCCGUUACGUGGAAGUUCCAUUGACAUUCAUCCAAAUGCUCGAUGGCAACAGAAUGGUCUCACUGUGACUAGAGGAAAUGGAGAAGGCAAUGGAAUCAAUGAACUCUCAAACCCAUGGGGUUUGUCUGUUGAUGAUGAUGAUCAAACAAUCUAUAUCGCUGAUCCAUCGAAUCAUCGUAUUGUGGAAUGGAAAUUGGGUGCGACGAGUGGCCAAGUGGUUGCCGGUGGAAAUGGACAAGGAAGUGGGACUCAUCAGUUGUCUGACCCAUUAGAUGUGAUUGUCGACAAAGAGAGAGAUAGUCUCAUCAUCUGCGAUAGUUCAAAUACAAGAGUGAUUCGAUGGCCUCGUCGAAAUGCGACAAGUGGAGAAACAAUCAUCUCCAACAUCGAUUGUGUGGGUUUGACAAUGGACGAGAAUGGAUCUCUCUAUGUCGUUGACUUUGGAAAUUAUGAAGUGAGACGAUAUCGAAGAGGAGAAUCUCAAGGAACAGUGGCUGCAAGUGGCAAUGGACGUGGAAAUCGUCUCGAUCAACUCUAUGGCCCACAAUACGUAUUCGUCGAACGAGAUCAUUCAGCAUACGUGUCUGAUUGUGGAAAUCAUCGUGUGAUGAAAUGGAUGGAAGGUGCAAAACAAGGCAUUGUCGUGCCUGGUGAUCAAGGAAAAGCAAAUGGUCUUACACAAUUGUCAAAUCCUUGGGGAGUCGUUGUCGAUCAAUCGGGCACUGUCUAUGUGGCUGAUUGCGGGAAUGAUCGAAUCAUGCGUUGGCCCAAAGGAGCCACACUAGGAAGUGUCAUUGUUGAAUCAAAGGUUGAAUGUUCAUUUUUUCUACUAGUGGAUUUUAGAUCAUGA